GGUCCCCUGAAGUGCUGGCUCACCUCUGUUUUCCAAGAGUGCUUGCUUCCUUCUUUCGCCUCCCUCCCCAGCAUCCUCCUCACUUCCUUCCCUUACAGCUUCUUGCAUUGUGUUCCCCCCCCCCUUGGUGUGUGUUCGUGUGUGUAUUUCUUCUUUUUUUAUUCUAAUGAAUUUGUUUUGCAGAUUUUGAAAAAGAAAACCAGUGUUAUCCAGGGUUUUUACAUUAAUUUUCUUCCCAUAUCUUUGAGUGUGAUCUCUGUGGUUUUAAAAUCCCUUAAUUUGAGUGAGUUCCAACGUUGUCUAAGAAAGUUGUUUUAAAGCUUUGCUCUGCAAGCACCAGAAGAGAACUCAUAAAAAGGAAGACAACAGCAGAUGCAAUCGCGGAUGUGGCUUCGUCCUUGCAGCUGCCCCAGAGAGCUGUUUCGAGCGUACAGUUCUAAGGAAUGAAUCCAGAAGAGCAAAUCGUGACAUGGCUUAUAUCCUUGGGAGUUUUAGAUUCUCCCAAGAAAACUAUCUGUGAUCCAGAGGAGUUCUUGAAGUCCUCGCUGAAAAAUGGGGUAGUGCUGUGUAAACUGAUCAACAGACUGAGGCCUGGCUCUGUGGAAAAGUACUGUCUGGAGCCCCAAACAGAAGCUGACUGCAUCAACAACAUCAAUGACUUCCUGAAAGGAUGUGUAACCCUUCAAGUGGAGGUAUUUAAUCCUGAUGACCUUUAUUCAGGAGUCAAUUUCUCCAAGGUUCUGAGCACUCUUUUAGCUGUUAACAAAGCAACAGAAGAUCAGCUAUCAGAAAGACCAUGUGGACGUUCCUCUUCUCUUAGUGCUGCUAAUAGUUCUCAGACAAACCCACAGGGAGCAGUUUCUAGCACAGCUCCAAGGCUGCAAAGGCAGUCAAAGGCAGUGGAGAUGACUGAAAAUGGAAGUCACCAGUUGAUAGUAAAGGCAAGAUUCAACUUUAAGCAGACUAAUGAAGAUGAACUGUCAGUCUGUAAAGGGGACAUCAUUUACGUCACUAGAGUUGAAGAAGGAGGCUGGUGGGAAGGCACAUUAAAUGGGAGAACAGGCUGGUUCCCUAGUAAUUAUGUCCGAGAAAUUAAAUCCAGUGAGAGACCUCUCUCCCCCAAGGCUAUCAAAGGAUUUGAAACUACUCCACUUACCAAGAAUUAUUAUUCCGUGGUGUUACAGAACAUACUAGACACUGAAAAAGAUUAUGCUAAAGAACUUCAGUCUCUUCUUGUUACUUACUUAAGACCCCUGCAGUCCAAUAACAAUCUGAGUACUGUGGAGUUUACAUCUUUAUUGGGGAACUUUGAGGAAGUAUGCACAUUUCAGCAGACACUCUGCCAAGCCUUAGAAGAAUGUUCAAAAUUUCCAGAAAACCAACACAAAGUAGGAGGUUGUCUACUGAACCUCAUGCCUCAUUUUAAAUCCAUGUAUUUGGCUUACUGUGCGAAUCAUCCUUCAGCUGUAAAUGUACUCACCCAACACAGUGAUGAACUGGAGCAAUUUAUGGAAAAUCAAGGUGCAUCCAGCCCAGGUAUCCUCAUUUUAACAACAAGCCUCAGCAAACCAUUCAUGAGACUGGAGAAGUAUGUUACUCUCUUGCAAGAGUUGGAACGACAUAUGGAGGAUAUACAUCCAGAUCAUCAAGAUGUUCUGAAAGCCAUCAUAGCAUUCAAAACUCUCAUGGGACAGUGCCAAGAUCUAAGAAAACGAAAACAGCUGGAGUUGCAGAUACUUUCUGAACCUAUUCAGGCAUGGGAAGGGGAGGAUAUUAAAACAUUGGGAAAUGUAAUUUUUAUGUCACAAGUAAUGGUACAGUACGGAACAUGUGAGGAAAAAGAGGAGCGGUACCUCAUGUUAUUUUCAAAUGUCUUGAUAAUGUUAUCUGCAAGUCCUCGGAUGAGUGGCUUUAUCUAUCAGGGAAAAAUACCAAUAGCAGGAAUGGUGGUGACUAGAUUAGAUGAAAUUGAAGGGAAUGACUACACAUUUGAAAUCACAGGUCACAUAUUAGAGAGAAUUGUGGUCCACUGCAGCAACAACCAGGACUUCCAGGAAUGGCUGGAACAGCUGUAUAGACUGAUUAGAGGACCUGCCUCCUGCAGUUCAUUAUCCAAGACAUCAUCAUCAUCUUGUAGUGCUCAUUCUACAUUUUCCCAGUCUUUUAGCUCUACUGGACAGCCCCGAGGACCCUUGGAGCCUCCUCAAAUUAUAAAACCAUGGAGUUUAAGUUGUCUACGACCUGCACCUCCACUUAGACCAUCAGCAGCACUAAGUUAUAAAGAGAGGAUGUCUUAUAUCUUGAAGGAAUCUAGUAAAAGCCCCAAAACCAUGAAGAAGUUUCUUCAUAAAAGAAAGACUGAAAGAAAGCCAUCAGAAGAGGAAUAUGUAAUUCGGAAAAGUACAGCUGCUCUGGAAGAGGACGCUCAGAUUCUUAAAGUGAUUGAAGCCUACUGUACCAGCGCAAAUAUUCAACAAGGCCAUGGCUCAAGUUCUCGUAAAGAUUCAGUUCCACAAGUCUUACUCCCUGAGGAAGAGAAACUCAUCAUUGAAGAAACCAGAAGCAAUGGUCAGACCAUCAUGGAAGAAAAGAGCCUCGUUGACACUGUUUAUGCCUUGAAGGAUGAGGUGAAAGAACUGAAACAGGAGAAUAAAAGAAUGAAGCAAUGCCUGGAAGAAGAAUUGAAAUCAAGAAGGGACCUAGAAAAGCUCGUUCGGAGGCUGUUGAAGCAAACUGAUGAGUGUAUUCGGGCUGACUCCAGUAACAAGACCUCCAUUCUUCCAUAACCAUCACCAUGUACCUGGGCAGAGUGUGCCUUCAGUGCAUCUUAAAAUGUCCAUCUGAAUGAUUUGGCUCAGUUUGCUCACUUCCUUGGUUUUUAUUUUGUAUUUGAGUCAGCCCCCUUCCCUCUGUUUGUUUGUUUUUGUUUGGUUAUUGGUUGGUUGGUUACAUUUUUCCUGACAGGGAUAAAAGCAAGAGGUGGUGGUAGAAGUCUCCUCAGUGUUUUUUCUAUUCAAUAACAAAAGGAAAGCUAAUGUAGGCAAAUGACUUAAUUGAUCUUCUGUUGGCCUUGAAUUCAUAGUGCCUCUUUAACAACCAUUAAUUACCCUUUUGGGGCUGGCUACUAUCACAAAGCUACUAGGCAUGGAUUAUUAAAGGUGAGUUUGACUUUCCCCCAAUGCUUUCCUGUACCUGGAAGCCCCUCAGUACCAAAUUUACUGACAGCGAAGCUUUUUGAGUUAUGACUAGAGUAGAGUGAAAGACAAACACAUUAGCCCAAUGAUCCAGCUGCCUUUCCCUGGACCAUCAUUUGCUACCCCUCAAUGCACUUUUUUUUAUUACUAUCCAAUGUUGUCUAUAAGACCAAGAAGACAGUAGCACCCUUUCUUUUGUGUUGGUUAACAUUUUAGUUCUGUGGGUCAAAAGCUUUAUGGGUCAUUCAUGCCAACACCAAAUCCAUUAGCAAACUGCACUGGACAGUCCUCCCUUCAGCAAUGGAGUUGACCACCUCUUCUCCAAUACAUAAUAGAAUUUUUCCCUAGCCUUCUGCCUCAUUGUAAGUUUUAUAUUUCCUCAGUGCUUUUAGCCAACCAUACCAAGUGGUGUGUAAAGUAGUAUGCUUGUACUUUGCUUACUUAAAAAAAAUAUCGACUGUGAGCAGGUAUUAUAUCUACAUUGCAUAUUCAAAUUGCAACUUCUCAUCUUUAAAACAAUUUGCCAUUGAGGAGAUAUUGUAUCCCAGCAGACAGCUUUAAUUCACAUAUUGCUCUCCCAUAUAUGUUAUGAGAAACUUAAUAUUCAUCAACCUCUAAGCAUUAUUUGUAGAAAUGUGCUAUUGGUCCAGUUUGUAUAUCUGGGGGAGGGGGGGAAGUACCCCUCUAGUAGCUGUGUGUUGGUUACUAAUGAAGCAGAUUAUUUGUAACUGGUUUACUCAAGUUUCUCCUGGAAUCAAACAAUUGCCUUAGUAAGCAUCUCAGAAAUUAGAGCUGUGACAUACCAGAUUUAGAAGAUGGUCACAGAAGAGUAGCAUACAUCCAAAUUACUCCCAACUGAAAAAUCACUUCUCCCAAGGAGGUGAAAUUUGGCCAGGUGGGGAAGAUCACUGGAAAAAGAGGCAAGGGGCCAGUGGACUGAUCAAAGCUGUCUUCUAGAUACAUUUGAAAGGUGCCUAUAAAUAUGGAUUUUGCAAAUAUUGUUUAGAAACCAAACUUGAAGCUUGAACCUCUCAACUUCCUAAGCCCCUUUUCUUUCUAGUACUGGAGGUAUCAAGCUCUGAUAGCUGCAUGGUAUGGGGCUGUUCACUGCUUGCUGCACGGCAGAAACGAACCAUUCACAGGAAAUAGACUAUUCCUGUUGUCCAACAUCAGCCAACCACACACAGCUGUCUUUGGAAGCUUAAGAGUGAAGAAGAUGUCUAAGAAUUGGCUGUUGUUCUGUUUUUAAGUACAGCAGUUUAGAUAUGCCACCCUUCACCUAAAAAUUAAAAACAACACAGAUCUUAGCAUUUGCUCUGUCUGUGGUUAGUCAAUGGCUUGCAAUAAAUGUGCAAACUAUAUCCAUAGGAAACAUUUUUGUGAUUGCAAAAUAUUUUAGUUGAUAAGGAAUAGCUUAAAAUAUUGAAAGGUCUUUAUUUUAAAGUGACAUGUAUAAAUGCAUGUUUUGGGGACUUGGUCCUUCUGAUGAGAGGCCCUCAGUUGUCUGGAUAAUGAAGCUUGUGCAGAGUGGUGUCCACACUCACACACUAAACAAUAAUAUAAAGGAAAUGAAGCCAUGUUAACCUGAGAGCAGUAUCUCCAUAGUUGUAUUGUUUACAAUACUCUAUAAAUGGGUUUCUGUUACCCUGUAAUUAAAUUGUUGCCCUUGGAGGCCUUUCAGUUCCUCUUCUGUCAUGUCCCUUCUUACACAGGCUCAAAUUUUCUAACUUGUUUUUAUUUUGAACUUUAAAAAUUGACAUUUUCAAAUAAAUGAGAAUAACAAUGCUUUAUAAAAUAA